AUGGCGGAAAUAAAAUCAUUAUUACCAAGAAUAAUCAUCAGCACAGGAACUGAGGAGGUGAUCUAUGCUCGGGUGGGAGACAGUGUUACCCUGAAUAUACCGGAUCCUCCUAAAAGCAAUUUUUAUAUUUACUGGUGCUUUGGUACACAGACUGAAUCCUUCAUCUGGUUCAACCACCUAGUUCACAUGAAUCCACCCUCACCAGUGAUGCCUUCAGAUUCAGUGGUUUUGAGCUGCAACACGGAGACUCCUCAAGGUCUAACAAACCCCAAAGUUUACUGGACAAACCCACAGGAAAAUACAGAGCACAGUGAUCAAGGAAAACUUCGUUUCACAGCCAAAAGUCAAGUUAGUGGACAGUGGACAUGCGUAGUAAGCGAUAAAAAACUCUUCAAAUUCCCAAUUACAGUUUCUGUAGCAGACUUCUCGGCUGCUCCUCCCUCUCAGUAUACAUCCACUAACUCCCCCCUCAAAGUGCCAUUUUUGAUUACCCCCGACAAGUUGAAAAACAUAGCACAAAAAAUCAAGAAAGUUGAGUGGCACUUCACCCCCAAAACAUCCUCCAGUCCACAGAGGCUCUUCUCCGUCUCACUUGGGUCUAAAUGGAUGGAAACAGUGGACCAAAGCAGAGGCCUGACGUACACUAACUUUACAAAAGGUGGAAACUUUUCUUUGUCCAAAAAUUGGGCAGGUGUAGAUGACAGAGGGACCUACACCUGCUCAGUAACAUUCCUGAAUGGCUUUGUUCUGAACAGCACCGUACAAGUGGAGGUGCUGCAAAUCGUCCCCUCCCCAGGAGUAAAGUUAAUUUCUGGCAACCAGCUCAACCUGUCCUGCUCCACCGGAGAUCAGCUGCUCCCUGGCAUCCAGGUGAAGUGGCUCCAUCCUAAACGGUCAUCCCUGAGAGCAGCCGGCCCUCCUUCAGACCGCCUCGUCAUCCCCAAGGUGAGCACAGAAGAUUCUGGAACGUGGAGGUGUGAGCUGCUGCAGAACUGGACCCGCCUGACAUCAGCCGAGAUAACUCUGAGCAUCGAACCCGUUCUGAGUGUGUGGAUGCUGGUGACCAUCUGCAGCGCUGGAGUCAUCCUGAUCCUCCUCCUUGUUGUGGGGUUCAUCCUCUACCGCAGACGACAGCGGAGGAUGAGACACCUCAGGCAUCAACUCUGCCAAUGUGCACACCCAAAGCCCAAAGGAUUCUACAAGACCUAA